CCCAGGAGGGUCCUGAGCGCCGGCAGAGGCAAAAACAAGCUGCCCUGGGAGAGCGAGCCGGCUGCGGACGGGGAAGGUGGCUCGGGGGUGAGGAUGCCCGUCGCGAAGGGCGUGGAGCAGUUGGCUGCAGCCAGUGAUCCCCUGCAGCCCCCGAAGGCCCAGCAGGGCAGUGCUGAGCUGCUCUUCAGCAGGAGCAGAACCUCCAGGAGUGCCCUCCAGCCCAGCGUGGAGCUGGGCCCUGAGCACCCUGCCCGUGCUGCUGGUGCUCUGGGCUCUCAUCAGCCCCAGGUUUCAGGGAAGUGUGGGACGCUGGGAUACUCCCGUGGGAGGAGUGGCAGUGUGGGCUCUGAUUUGCAGUUUCUGGGACUCAGUAACUGUCAGCAGGACAAAGUUUGUUCCAGCCUCAGUUUUUCCAGCAAGACCCAGAGAAGUUUUUGCACUCAGGCAGAGCCCACCAUGUCCUUCCAGGGUCCCAGUGCCAGCCAGGGCACCUUCAUCCUGCCCUCCUUCCCCCUGGCAUCGCCCAGGACCAGCCCCAAGCACCUCUCUGCCCCUGCUGCCCUGGCAGGGAGGUGCCAGGCGGACCCCAGGAGCCUCUCCAGCUCCUGGCCUCUCAAAAGCUUCCAGGGGCUGCCCAAGCCUGGUGGCCAGAAGCAGCUGCUCAGCCAAAAGCCAGGAGACAGCACAGGGGACAGCCUGCAGCUGGAGAAGCAUUCCCUGCAGCUGGAGAAGCAUUCCCUGCAGGUGGAGAAGCAUUCCCUGCAGCUGGAGAAGCAUUCCCUCUCGCUGGGCUCCUCCCCCGGCACCACCUCCACCGGCGAGAGCGGGAUCGCCAGCCUGGAGUCCCUGGGCUCCCCCGUGGCCACGCUGCCCCCCAGGAGGAGAGUGAUGUCAGACACUUUCCCAGCACUUGGCAGCAAAUGCCAUCCUGCAGAAGCAUCUCCAGCCAGGCCCAGGGAGGCAGAGGGGGCAGAGCAGCCCCCUGGCACAGGCCCUGCAGAGUCAGUGCCUGGUUUUGCACCAAAGGAUGGUCUGGGUUUCUCAUCUGGAGACGUUGCUCUGGUUGGCACAGGUGUUUUUGGGAGCCCUCCUGGCCCAGCUGCCAGCCAGCCCGUGCCCUGUGUGGCCAAUGGGGAUGCCCAGGGUGCCAGGGAGGGAGCAGAGGCUGCCCCAGGGAGAAGCUUCCAGAACAGCCCUUCCCAUUCCUGUUGUCAUGCAGGGAAGGAAGGAGAGAUAAAAGUGACCUUGUCAAAAUCUGCUCAGGAGAAGCUGAGGAGGAGGAGGAAAGAAGACAAAGAGCACAACCAUAAAGAGCAGCAGGAAGGCAAAGACUUGGAAGGGAAGGAAGAAUUCCCUUGGGAAAGGAUUAGACUGAGUAUGAGUGAACCAGAGAAACUCACAGCAGAAAGGUUUAGUCUCUGUGGGGAUUUACUGACAUCACCAAGAAAUGGAUCUUUGUCCUUAGAAAAUGUGGCCUUGAACCCUUCCCUGAAAAGAACCUCCAGUUUGAAGAGGUCCAAGUGUUCAUCCUUGCUGGAUUCUGGGAGAAGAAAAUUGAAGGUCUGAACUUUGUCAGGUGCUUGUCUGCCUACCAUGCCCCUAUUCUGACUGCAAAGCUCCAUGAAACAACUCUGGCUGUGGCACAAGAGGUCAAGAAUUUACGCUCAGGUGUUUCUCGAGCUGCUGUGGUCUGUUUAGGGGAUUUGUUCACCCACCUGAAAAAGAGCAUGGAUCAAGAAGUAGAUAAUGCAGUAAAAGUCCUUUUGCACAAAGCUGGGGAAUCCAACACUUUUAUAAGGGAAGAGGUAGACAAGGCACUGAAGGCCAUGGUUAAUAAUGUGACUCCAGCACGUGCACUUUGUUCUCUUAUAAAUGGAGGGCAAAGGUACUAUGGGAGGAGGAUGCUCUUCAGCAUGAUGGCUCAUCCUGACUUGGAUAAAAUCCUGGAGAAGUUUGUGCCCCCCAAGGAUUUGCCUUACAUUAAGGAAACUGUUGGCAGCCUACGAGAGAAGGGCCUGGGGGAGAUGCCCUUGGAUACACCCUCAGCCAAAGGGAGGCGUUCCCAGACUGGAAGUGUUGGACAUUUGAGGUCGUCCUCUACUUGCAGAGAUGCUCCCAUCAUCCCAGACAGAUCUUCGAUGCUUUCAAGCCUCGCUUGCACGACUCCAACAGCAAAGUGACCCAGGUGGCUCUGGAGGCCAUGCACAGGAUGGUUCCACUGCUCAAAGACAAUUUGUCACCUGUGAUCAACAUGCUGAUUCCUGCCAUAGUGGACAACAACCUCAACUCCAAAAACCCAGGGAUUUAUGCAGCUGCCACCAAUGUGAUCCAGGCUCUAUGUCAACACUUAGACACCUCCCUGCUCCUGCAGCCGUUCUGCACAAAAGCCCAGUUCCUGAGUGGAAAAGCAAAGCAGGACCUGACAGAAAAGCUGGCUG